UACUACCCACAUUCCAGAUUUUUCUGGUUGGCGGCGUUCUGUUGUUCAGUAAUAUGUGCGGCGUUCUUCAUUCUCAACGUGUAUCACAAAUGGCGUUCGUCGCCAAUGAUUGUGAGCAUCAACCCUGAGAACAUGCACCUACAGGACUUACCCUUCCCCGCCAUCACCGUGUGCAAUGUCAACCAAGCGAAGAAAUCGGUAGCCGAACGGUACAUUAACACUGGGAAUUCUUUGGAUAAAAAGCUAUUGAACAGUUUAUGCGGCACCCAAAGAGAUGCAGACAUAUUUGAGGAUGACAUAGCUGAAAGUGCCAAUUGGGACUAUACAAGAUCAUUUCUUAUUAAUGUGACACAGCCGUGCAACGAAAUGCUAGCGAUGUGCCUAUGGGACUCACGCAGCAUGAACUGCCAGGAUCUAUUCAACGCCCAGCUCACAGACGAGGGUUUGUGUUGCACUUUCAACGUCGUACAUCGAGAUAACAUGUUUAGAAAUCCUAGAGACCUAAACGAUUUGAACUUAACAUUCCCGUCACCGUCCGUGGACUGGACUCCCGAAGGCGGUUACCCGGCUGACGCGCCACCUGAUGGAUUUCCUUGGAAACCUAAAGGGAUAGGCACCAAUCACGGCUUAACUUUAGUCUUGGACGCAAACAUCGCUGAAUAUUACUGCGCAUCUACAAAGAGUAUGGGCUUUAAGAUACUUCUCCACAACCCGACAGAAACUCCAAACAUUGCAAAAAUAGGAGAAAUCUAUGGGCCAGGAAUAGAAGCGAGGGUUGCCAUACAGCCGAGGAUUUUAGACGCGCAACCUUCGCUAAAAGACAUCGAUGUUAAGAAAAGACUUUGUUUAUUCUCAAGCGAAAAGGAAUUAGUAUUUUACAGAACUUACACUUUACGGAACUGCGAAAUGGAAUGCGAAGCUAGGUCCAUGUUGGAUAGAUGCAAAUGUGUUCUUUAUUAUAUGCCUAAAAAUAAAUCAACACGAAUUUGUGGAAAAGCCGACGCCAAAUGUUAUUCGAACGUUAAACUGACAGCACAAAGUGAUAGCGAGGCGUCGUGCGACGAGUGCUUACCCGCCUGCAACGAAAUAGCUUUCUUCGAGCGACUGAGCACCGCGCCUCUCAACAAGGCGCUAAUUGGACAAUACUCUACAAUAUUAUUGAAUAGAACACCAGAUUAUUUCACGUAAUUAUAUUUAUGAA